GAGUGUCCUGAGAGGUCAGAUUGUUGUCAGAAAAAGUUCAUGUGAUCCAUAUGUAUUAACCACAGUAAUACUGCAUUUUUAAAGAAUCAUCUGAAGAAAGCACGUAACAAAACAACAUGGCCCAUGGACAUGGACAUGAACAUGGUCAUAGUAAAAUGGAACUUCCAGAUUAUAAACAAUGGACUAUAGAAGGGACACCAUUAGAAACUGUCCAGGAGAAGCUGGCUGCACGAGGGCUAAGGGAUCCAUGGGGCCGCAAUGAAGCUUGGAGAUACAUGGGUGGCUUUGCAAAUAAUGUUUCCUUUGUUGGUGCAUUAUUAAAAGGAUUCAGAUGGGGAUUUGCUGCAUUUGUGGUAGCUGUAGGGGCUGAAUAUUACCUGGAGUCCCAGAAAAAAGAUAAGAAGCACCACUGAAGAUAAUACCUGGAAUUAUCUUUUAAUGUCUUCUUAACUCUCUUAUAAAAAGAAGAUUUCUUCACUGUAGCCUACUCAUCUGUGUGUUUGUUCCUUAAAGAAUACUAGUAAGAUUUAAUAAAGUAAGAGAACAUGAAAAAAAAAAAAAAAA